AUGACCCCCGAUGGAAAAUACAAGCCGACCCAGUUCUGCAUGAAGCUCGCCGAGCCGGACUUUGGCAUAACGGCCGAGUUCUAUGAUCCGGUGCGGAAUUCGUCGCUGAGGCUGGGCAGCCGCCAGUACUUCAUCCCCAUGUGCACCCACAUGCCGGAAUAUUUCGCCAAAAUAGGCUACCAGAACCCCAGAAAGAGCCGUGCGACCAUCUUUGACUUCACCUUCAACUACGGGGGCGGGCUUUUCAAGUAUCUCGAGGAGCACCCCGACCAGGGAGAGAUCUUCAACGUCGUGCAGAAGACGUCGACGUCGAUCCAGGCCAGGUGGACAUCGAUCUACCCCAGCCACAGGCUCCUCGACUACGAUCCGAAGCUGCCCCUCCUCGUAGACGUGGGAGGUAGUGCUGGCCAGGAUAUCCAGUGCUUCUAUGAGAAACAUCCCGAGACCGCGUCCGGGCUGUACCUCGAGGACCUCCCCUCCGUCCUCGCGGACAAGGCUUCCUCUCUCGCCAGGGGUAUCAACAAGGUCCCGUACGACUUUUUCACCCCACAGCCCAUCAAGCAUGCCCGCGCCUACUACAUGCACCAGAUCCUCCAUGACUGGCCCGACAGGCCAGCCCGUAAGAUUCUCCAGAUGCAAAAGACGGCCAUGAGACCCGGGUACAGCAGGAUCCUGAUCCACGACCAUGUGAUGAACGACGACGGACCCGUCCACCCGCACGCCGCCAGCUAUGACAUGGGGAUGAUGGCUUUUGGGUCUGCGCAAGAGCGUACGGAGAAGGAGUGGGAGGCGCUGAUCACUUCGGCCGGCCUCAGAAUCGUCAAGAUCUGGAGGAUCGCAUCCGCGGCUCAGGGCGUCAUCGAAGUCGACUUGCCUUUGGAGAGGUCCAAGCUGUAG